AUGCCUACAUAUCCGAUCCGACGCCGGCCUCGCGAGUGCAAAACUUGUCUACCAUGUCGCGCCAGUAAGGUUCGCUGCGAUCGCAACGUCCCGUGUGGGAACUGCGUUAAACGUAACUUUACUUGUUCUUACGGUCGUCCGCCGCCAACUCAACCCAAACCUUCGCUCAUUCCAGAGCCUACCUUUUCAGCUACCGCCUCAACUGCGUCUACGCCCCAAUUGCCUUCCGGUUCAGCCUAUAUAUCUUCUAGUCGAGACGAUGCCCCGAUUCCCACCUACAGUGCAGAGCCGGCCUCGGAUGAUGGUCUGUCGGAAACCGUGACGAUUUCUCAGUUCGAAUGGGACGAGGUGAAUUCGAAGAUGCGCGCGAUGGAGUCAAUAUUGGCUAGUCUGAACUCGCUUUUUCAGGCUCAUACGGCGAGGAAAUCCAGCAACCCUCGUUCCGAGCAGUCGGUGACUGAAGACGACGGCAAGUCGCCGGCCCCUCAGGGGAUCUAUAACGAGAACACGAUGAAAACGGGCUCCAUCCACAUCGGCGCAAAAUCCGCUUUGAUAGAUAUUCUGGAUAGAUCAAAAGGCUCGGAGGGUACGGCGGCCGCGUUGCCGAAGGAAGACUUGCUGGCAGAAUUGGCGAUGGAAAACGAGGCUGCCUCGUAUCCUUUCGUCGACCUUUGGUCGUCUGAUCCGUACACCUUCAACAUCGCCGGGGUCUGUGGCGUGUUGCCGGAUGACGAACAAUGUCGCAGGUUUCUUCGUUUUUACAAAGACAUCGGCUCAGUACUAUACCCCGUACUCCCGGACGUUUCCAAAUUAGAAUACAACACAAAUGAACUCUUGAAAAAUAGGCUGAAGGCAGGAGGUACAUAUCGACCGGACGUGAACGGUCUGAUGAAACCGUUUGGCAUGAGUUUACCUUUCCUUAGCCUCCUCUUUGCCGUUUUAGCUUCAGGUUGCCAAUUAUCCGACUUGCCGUUGAAGGAACGGGAGUUGACGUCGUGGGUAUAUGUUUCGUGUUCCUACCAGUGCCUGCGGAUGAUGAACUAUGUUUCGCAGCCAACGGUGGAAAUAAUCCAAAUUCUGCUAAUUAUCAGUAAUGUGCUGUCAUAUAACAUGAACGCUGGUGCUUCUUAUACCUUACUCGGGAUGACAGAGCGGAUGUGUAUGAGUCUCGGGCUGCAUGUUGAAACACCAGGGUUCUCGCAAAGCGUCACAGCGUCUCGGAGAAGAGUAUGGUGGGCGAUGGCUUUCCAGAAUAGCCAUUUCUCCUUAGCUUACGAUCGACCAUCCAUCACUAUGGUAAGCCAGCCGGAAAUUCCCUAUGAUAGGAAAUCAAUGCCUGGCCAUCGCUCCUACUUCGAAAGCCUCUGCCGCAUUAUCUCUGUGGUGCUGGAGAUGCUGCGGGGGCUUAUGCUGUCGCACCAUUCUCACCUGCGGUACCAUGAAAUCCGCGAGUAUAAACAGCGAAUAGAGCGCAUUCUUGCAGAUACUACCCCUCAUUUGCGUUAUCGGGAACGCUGCGUCACCUUGGCCGAACACAUUGAGCGGACCGAGUUGCGGCUACACUCGUCUUACUAUAUCUCAGUCAUGUGUCGAGUAUCUUUGGACCCAGACGCCCCGCUAGAUGACCAGCGGCGUGCGGUAGUCCGAGAGGACUGUAUAACCAAUCUCAUGAAUACGAUCGAAGCUUUCAUUGAGCUGCACUCACUUCAUUCCCACUGCUCGCGUAGCUGGGUCAGUCUUCAGCGGACCAUCGCAUCCGCGUUCUUGCUGGUUGCCAACAAUAACGACCAAAUUCACCCACGGACGUGGGAGUUGAUUGAGAAAUUAGAGGCAGUCAUCGCCGAGCACGUGAGUGGGGAUGAAAAUGUAAAUCUCCACGCUCGGACAGAUUCGGCCAGGCAUUUGGCAUCGUCUCUCCGCGCUCUCCGGGAAGUUAGUGCUGCAUUCUAUUCUAGGAAGAAGAAGAAGAAGAAGGAACUAGGCCUAGCCCCGGAAGCUAUUUCGCCGAAAACCGUGUUCACUUCACCAGCUGUCACCGCCUCGUCGCCUUAUGCUGCCGGAUACAGCGUGAGUUCCUCCGAGGACGGGCAUAUUGACAACAUUUUGAAUCAGGUGUCGGAUGUGAUGUUGUUCCCUACUCUGAACAUGGGGAAUUCAUGA